AUGUUAAACAAGAACAUUCUGCUGUUGUGUCUCCAGAUUAGUCUCCUAGGAAUCACUCUUGGUGGGAAUGUUCUGAUUUGGCCAAUGGAAGGUAGUCAUUGGCUGAACAUUAAGAUAAUUAUAGAUGAGUUGAUUGAAAAAGAGCAUAAUGUGACUGUUUUAGUUGCCUCUGGUGCACUUUUCAUCACGCCAACCUCGACCCCAUCUCUGACAUUUGAAAUAUAUAAGGUGGCCUUUGGCAAAGAAAGAAUAGAAGGACUGAUCAAGGACUUUGUUUUGACAUGGAUGGAAAAGAGGCCAUCUCCUUCAACCAUUUGGAGAUUCUAUCAAGAUAUAGCCAAAGUCAUCAAGGACUUCCACAUGAUAUCUAGAGAAAUCUGUGAUGGUGUUCUUAAAAACCAAAAGCUGAUGGAAAAGCUGAAGAAAAGCAAAUUUGAGGUCCUGAUAUCAGAUCCAGUAUUUCCUUGUGGUGAUAUAGUAGCUUUAAAGCUGGGAAUUCCAUUUAUGUACUCCCUCAGGUUUUCUCCAGCCUCAACAGUGGAAAAGCAUUGUGGGAAGGUACCAUACCCUCCUUCCUAUGUUCCUGCCACUUUAUCAGAACUCACGGACCAGAUGUCUUUCACUGACAGAAUAAGAAAUUUCAUCUCCUACAGUCUACAGGACUACAUGUUUAACACUCUUUGGAAAUCAUGGGAUUCCUACUAUAGUAAAGCUUUGGAUGGUAGCCAUUGGUUAAAUAUUGAGCUCAUUCUAGAAGAGCUGAUCCAAAGAAAUCACAAUGUGACUGUACUGGCUUCAUCAGCAACUCUAUUCAUCAACUCCAAUCCUGAUUCUCCUGUGAAUUUUGAAGUGAUACCUAUCUCCUAUAAGAGCAGCAAUAUAGACUCCUUAAUUGAACACAUGAUAAUGCUGUGGAUAGACCACAGACCAACUCCUCUCACUCUCUGGACUUUCUACAAAGAACUAGGAAAAUUUCUAGAUGCUGCUUUUCGAAUGAAUAUACAAAUCUGUGAUGGAGUAUUAAACAACACCAAGUUACUGGCAAGACUCCAGGAAGGUGGUUUUGAUGUGUUGUUAGCAGACCCAGUAACUGUCUGUGGGGACCUGGUUGCUCUGAAAUUAGGAAUUCCAUUUGUGUACACACUGAGGUUCUCUCCAGCCUCAACAGUGGAGAGACACUGUGGGAAAAUCCCCGCACCUGCCUCCUAUGUUCCUGCAGCUUUGUCAGAGCUCACUGACCACAUGACCUUUGGUGAGAGGGUAAAAAAUACUAUAUCCUAUCUUCUGCAAGACUACAUAUUUGAAUCCUAUUGGGGAGAAUGGAAUUCAUACUACAGCAAAGUUCUAGGAAGACCCACUACAUUAUGUGAGGUUAUGGGGAAAGCAGAAAUUUGGUUAAUCCGGACAUAUUGGGAUUUUGAAUUUCCUCGUCCAUACUUACCUAAUUUUGAGUUUGUAGGAGGGUUGCACUGUAAACCUGCCAAACCAUUACCUAAGGAAAUGGAAGAAUUUGUCCAAAGUUCAGGUGAAGAUGGUAUUGUGGUGUUUUCUCUGGGGUCAAUGGUCAGAAACCUCUCAGAUGAAAAAGCCAAUCUCAUUGCCUCAGCCCUGGCCCAGAUUCCACAAAAGGUUUUAUGGAGAUACAAAGGAAAGAAACCAGCCACAUUAGGAGCCAAUACUCGGCUCUAUGAUUGGAUACCCCAGAAUGAUCUUCUUGGUCAUCCCAAAACAAAAGCUUUUAUCACUCAUGGUGGAACCAAUGGGAUCUAUGAAGCUAUUUAUCAUGGGGUUCCUAUGGUGGGAGUUCCCAUGUUUGCUGAUCAGCCUGAUAAUAUCGCUCACAUGAAGGCCAAAGGAGCAGCUGUGGAGGUGAACAUAAACACAAUGACAAGUGAAGAUCUGCUCAAAGCCUUGAGAACAGUCAUUAAUGAACCUUCUUAUAAAGAGAAUGCUACAAGGUUAUCAAGGAUUCAACAUGAUCAACCUGUAAAGCCCCUAGAUCGAGCAGUCUUCUGGAUAGAGUUUGUCAUGCGUCACAAAGGAGCCAAGCACCUGCGUCCAGCUGCCCAUGACCUCACCUGGUUCCAGUACCAUUCUUUCGAUGUGAUUGGUUUCCUGCUGGUCUGUGCAGCAACUGCUAUCUUCUUGGUCACAAAAUGUUGUUUGUUUUCUUGCCAAAAACUUGGUAAAACAGGAAAGAAGAAAAAGAGGGAAUAG